GGUCUCUGCUCGGGUGUUUGCUCGGUCCGUUCUCUGCCGUGAGCGUGUGUGCGAAAGCUUCACGCACAACUCAAAAUGGCUGGCGGGAAGGCUGGGAAGGACUCCGGAAAGGCGAAGACAAAGGCGGUUUGCCGCUCGCAGAGGGCUGGCUUGCAGUUCCCAGUCUGCCGCAUCCACCUGCAUCUGAAAUGCCGGACAACGAGCCACGGCCGCGUGGGUGCCACCGCCGCCGUGUACAGCGCGGCCAUCCUGGAGUAUCUCACCGCAGAGGUUCUUGAGCUGGCAGGAAACGCAUCGAAAGACUUGAAGGCGAAGCGCAUCACUUCUCGCCACUUGCAGCUGGCCAUUGGUGGGGACGAAGAGUUGGACUCGCUGAUAAAGGCAGCGAUCACUGGCGGUGGUGUGAUUCCACACAUCCAUAAAUCUCUGAUUGGAAAGAAAGGACAACAGAAGACUGUUUAAAGGAUGCCUGGAUUCCCUGUUAUCUCAAGACUCUAAAUACUCUUAACAACUGUCCAGUGUUGGUGAUUUCCAGUGGACU